AUGGAUAUCGUGUUGGAGGUUUGCGAUACAUACUUGUUUGACAAGUUUUACGCAACUGUUUUACCCAAGAACGGAGUUGUUGCUCAAAAAUGGUCUCAACUUACUUAUGGAUCCGUGCUUUCCCAUAAUAGUACCAUAGCUGCUGCAGCAACUGCAGCAGGCGGAGUAGAUGGAGAUUCUGGAUUCCUUUUCAGAAGUUCCGGAUGGUCUCUUCCACUCCCAGUACAAAUUGUGGUUAACCUCAUCGGUAAAUUACAACGUAAAGAUGAAAUCUACGGCAAGGUACCUACUCAGAUAGUGGCACCCUCGAUAUGGGCAACAGAAUCAUUUCUUGCUAGAUCAAAUUUAUUGAGAGAAGCCUUAUCUAUUUUUGUUAUCACCACUAUCUUUGGAUGGCUAUUAUAUUUCUUAGUUGCUGGGUUGUCAUACAUGUAUGUAUUUGAUAGAAGAAUUUUUAAUCAUCCAAGAUACUUGAAGAAUCAAAUGAGGUUAGAAAUCAUCCAGGCAGCUACAUCUAUUCCAAUUAUGGUUCUUUUAACUAAUCCAUUCUUUGUUCUUGAAUUACAAGGGUUCUCUAAAUUAUACUUUCCUAUUGAUGAUUCAACUGGGGGAUGGAAUCGUAUAUGGUGGUCCAUUCCUGCUUUUAUUCUUUUCACUGAUUGUGGUAUUUAUUUUAUUCACAGAUGGUUACACUGGCCCUCAGUUUACAAGGCUUUGCAUAAACCCCAUCACAAAUGGAUCGUUUGUACACCAUUUGCUUCUCAUGCUUUCCAUCCCGUAGAUGGUUGGUGCCAAUCUUUACCAUAUCAUAUCUACCCACUUUUGUUCCCAUUACACAAAGUUUUGUAUCUUGCCUUAUUCCUGUUUGUUAACUGUUGGACAGUUAUGAUUCAUGAUGGUAACUAUAUGUCCAAUGACCCUGUGGUUAAUGGUACUGCAUGUCAUACUGUGCAUCACUUAUACUUUAAUUACAAUUAUGGACAGUUUACAACGCUUUGGGAUAGAAUUGGAGGUUCGUACAGAAGACCAGACGAUUCUCUCUUCUUAAAGGACACUCAAAAGGAACAAGAUAAAAAGAUUUGGAAGGAACAAGUUGUUCAAAUGGAAGAGAUCAGAAAUGAAUUGGAAGGGAAGGUCGAUGAUAGAGUUUACAUUGAAGAAGAAUAA